CCAUGGUGGAUCAUGUGGGGAAUAUUGAAGCACUACCCAGAGAAUAGUUUCUAUGGUAUAAGGCUUAUUCUCCAUCCCAAUGGGGCGAACGUCGAUAAGGAGCAGAGGCAAGUUGGUCACGCAAGGAAUCCAUUACAGUCUAUCCACUACCAUCCGCCUUGGGCGAAACUUGCGAUAGGUAAUCCCAAAAUCAGAGAAAGGGAGCCACGAGAGGCCCACGGAACGGACAGCAAGGGCCGGAAUGCCAGACUCAUCUACUGUCUGGACGCGCGUUGUCUGCAAUGAUCUACUCAAUUUACCUGGUUUGUCUGUCUUCCCAGCGUGGCUGUCAAGCUACUUAUUGCCUUGAUUGUCAGUUGGAAAUCAUGUCGAAAAUCAUCUGGUGCCAUUGUCCCUGAUCUUCCAGCUGCUCUCACUAUUCCCGUGUAACCACCCCCAUCAUUAACAUGCCUACGGCGCCACCCGGGGAUGUUGACUACUCCGCCGCUCUGAGCCAGGAAACUAGCCUGGAGAGUGCUGAUACAAUCUUUGUGGAGAAAGACAUUGCGCACGUUGAAGAAGGAGAAAUCAGAUCACAAGAUGGUGCAUUGGAAUCGGACGACCCCCAAGACAAGGACGACCUCGUUGUGGACUGGGACGGGCCAAACGACCCCCAGAACCCCAUGAACUGGACCACCUUGCGGAAAUGGGUUAUUAUCGGGUUAAUAUCUUUGAGCAGCUUCAAUGUAUCCAUGGUAUCCACGGUCUUCGCUCCCGGCGUUCCGCAAGUUCUGAAAGAGUUCAAUGUUCACAACCCAUCCAUUUCAUCUCUUAUGAUAUCGAUCUACGUGAUGGGUUCUGCUCUUGGCCCUCUGGUGCUGACACCUCUCACUGAGAUAAGUGGAAGGCUUCCCAUGACACACCUGGCCAAUGUACUAUUUGCACUGGCUGCAGUUGUUUGCGCCGCCAGUGUGAACAUAUCAAUGCUCAUAAUGGCACGCUUCGUUAUGGGAAUAGCCAGUUCCGUGCCUGUGACGGUCGGUGGAGGCUUCGUUGCGGAUAUGAUUCCCAUGGAGAAGAGAGGGACGGCAAUGACGAUCUGGACAGUUGGUCCACUCAUGGGUAUGGUCACAGGACCUAUUUAUGGUGGUUACAUUGUCCAAAACAUUGGAUGGCGUUGGACAAUCUGGAUAGAGGCGAUUCUUGGCGGUAUCAUCGUGAUUGCUUCCCUGAUAUUCUUGCGGGAGACAUACGCACCCACGCUGCUCCAGCGAAAGGCGAAGCGACUACAAAAAGAGACUGGACGGCCGUUUCGGACUCAGUACGACCUGGAUAAGACGAUUGGCCAGAUCAUCUGGAUCUCAAUCAGCCGCCCGAUCAAAUUUCUGUUUUUAUCACCCAUCGUUAUGAUCGUUUCAUUGUACAGCUCCAUCACAUACAGCUAUAUGUACACACUGUUCACGACGUUUACGAGCGUCUUCGAGAAUGUGUACGGCUUUACUCCCGGAGAAGCAGGUCUCGGCUAUCUGGGACUGGGUCUUGGGUUCUGUUCUGGACAGGUCGUUGUGGGAUACUAUUCCGACCGAUACCUCAAGAAGCAGGAAAAGAUUCAUGGCAAGAUGAAGCCCGAAGAUCGUCUUCCACCUUUGGUGGUGGGAUGCAUUCUCGUGCCGAUCGGUCUCUUUUGGUACGGCUGGGCCGCAGAAUACCGGUUGCACUGGAUAAUUCCUAUUGCUGGUACCUUUUUCGUGGGUGCAGGCAUCUUCUUUGUUCAUCUGGUCACCCAGGUGUAUCUGAUUGACUCAUAUACUCUAUAUGCUGCCAGCGCAGUAUCAGCGGAGCUGGCUCUGCGAUGCCUCUUUGGGGCUACGAUCCCUCUGCUCGCGUUUAUCGCACUUUUGUUUGUCCCGGCUUCACUUUUCUUACUCAAGUAUGGUGAGAGAAUCCGGACGAAUCCGAAGUUUCAGCCGCGGAUGACAUGA